AUGGGCCGCUUCACCACCAUGAUCCUUUCCUGCCUCCACAACCUCCUCAUUCAACUCCCCCAGAACGGCUAUCACAAUAUCUCGCGCGUCAUGCAGCCCCAGAUGCGAAGCCUAUCUGAGAGUCUCACCAUUGCGAACCCCGCUGCAUGGCGCAAUGCCGCCGCCCGCAAAGAGAACGGGAUAGAGUUGCAGUCCAUCGCGCCCAAAACCUCGGAUGAGCCGCCCGUGAAGCAGGAAGAGGUGGUUGAAGGUUCUCAGGCCCGAUAG